AUGAGUGACCUUUAUGAAGACGCCGAAGGAACAGACAUGUAUUUAUUUCUCGACUCUUUUUCAGAAAUAGAUGACACAAGUUGCAAUGAAGAAGAAGACGAUGGAACAAGUCUCUUUAACGGUGAUAGUAUAAUGUCAAAUAGUUGUAAAAAGAAUGCACGGUUAUUUUCUCUGAGCUGCAAUGGCGCAGAUGAAAAUGAAAAUAUCGUUAAAAGUACAGUGUCGCCUAGUUUAAAGUUGGGGGAACCAAGACGAAAAAGAAAACAUUUAAGAAGUGUGGGCCUAAUGGCCGAGAAUUCAAAAAAUUAUAUUGCCGAAUCGAGCAUAGGUACCGGUCAAGUAUAUGGUAUGCMACUUAAUGGCAGUAGUGACGCGAUUGAACAAGAGCAGGACAGUGUCAGGCCGUGUGGGUGCCACAAAUCCAGAGUAGCAAAAUGCUUCAAAGAGCUAGAAACCGAAAGUUUGGAAAACGGCAAUGAGAAAAAGAGCCUAUUUUAUAGAGAUAUUAAUGAGUGGUGUAAAAACUAUGAAGUUAAUAAAACCAGGGAAAUUUGCGUACCACUGAUACACCAGUUCUACUUGAAUAAGAGUGACAGCGAUAAUUUAUUUUGA